AUGGUCGCUUGUUCAGUGAUAUAUGCAGUGGGUGUAACUGUGUCUCAGUCAGGACUGACGCAGGCUGUACAGGACAGUAACAUCACCCUGGAACAAGCCGAGUAUGACUUCCUGUCCUUUGUCAGACAGCACACCCCGCCUGGACAGUGUCCCCUUGCCGGUAACUCUGUGCAUGCGGACAAGAGGUUCCUGGACAAGUACAUGCCACAGUUUAUGUAUCACCUUCACUACAGAAUCGUUGAUGUUAGCACCAUUAAGGAGCUCUGCAGACGGUGGUUUCCAGAGGAAUACAAAAUGGUGCCUCACAAGAAAGCAGCCCACAGAGCCUUGGAUGACAUCCAGGAGAGCAUUAAAGAGCUGCAGUACUACAGAGCCAACGUCUUCAGAGCCUCAACAGAGCAGAAGAAGCACAAGAGUGUAGAGAACAGAGGCAACAGCAACAGUUAGCACUUUUCAAGGAGGCUAUGGAAACUUCGGUGUUGUGUUCCCUUAUUUCUUCAAGAAAGCAGUUUCCCCAGUCAAUUUCAUUUAUGCGAUUGUUUUCAUUGAUUUUAGUUUUCAUUUAUAUUUAGCUGCCCAAUGAUCCUUUGUUUCAGUGUUGGUCAAAAGUUAAAUAUAGAAGUUUCAUCAAAGGGAGCAAGCUUCUUAUAUAAAUGUUGUUAAAGCAUCAGGUUUUCAUUAAAGUGACAUGAAACUGCUGUUCUGAGGCACUUUCUUGAAGAAAAUCAUGUAAACUAUGUUUUCUGUCACAAAAUCCACUUUUGAAAAUUCGCUUCACGUUUGGUGUGAACACAUCAUAAGAGGUAUUAAACCAAACAUAUUCGACUCAUGAACUACUUAUGGAAGAAAGAGUAUUUAUUCCACAUUAAAGUUAAACAUAAAAUCCUAUUCUUGGUCUCUGGAAGGGACUUGGACAUUGGAUUAUUCAAACAGUACUGAGCAAAAGUAGUUUAUAGUAUAUGUGCAAGUAGUUUCAGAAGUAAUGAAUCCAAAAAUAUUAGAGUAAUAAACUAUGGAAAAAAGGGUUUUUAUACUACAUCAAAAUGAGACAAAAAUGCCUAUUUUUUGGCUGUGACAUUAGAUUACUCAAAAAGUACACAUUAAAAGUAGUAGAGGUCAUUUUUGAAUUUAUUACAUUUUUUAUUUAACCAGAUAAGUCAACCAGUUGUCAUUUGCAAUGACGACCUGGACAAAAAGUUGUUUCAAACGAAUAAAAUAUAGAAACAUCUCAAUCAAUCUCAUACAGAAAUGACAACAUUGUAGUGGAUUUAAGGGCCUAAUUCACGGGUUCCCUUUAAGGGAAAGAGAGUAACCAUGAUGCAAUGUCAGGUUGGGGAUUAAAGGUGAGAAGGAAGUCAGUGUUUGUCAUGUUUUUGGGAGUGGAAAUAAACGGCAACAGAGGUGUGCAGCCAAAAAGAGAAGUUGCUGUACGUGUUAAUUCCGUUGCUCUACAACAUGUGUACAAAAUAUAUAAAGCAAUAAAUAAAAAAGUGUUCUGGAGAAUCGAACUCAAACA